AAACAAUUUUCAUUAAUUCGAAACCGGUGUGUUCUCUUGCUUUUCGUUCUCGUCAAUUUUUCACGAGUAGAAUGUUAACCGUGAAAAAUAAUUUCUCGCGCUUCCAUCGCGGCGCGUUACGUGCAUAAUUAAAGUUGGAGAAGAUGAGGAAAAAUUGUGCAUCGCGAGAUUUCGAAAGAGCGAAAGGGCACGUUCCACAGGAGGAAUUCCUUGGAACGUGGUCGUAACGAAGACCCUUGAACAUUCCAGGAGGCCAGGAGGAGUCAGACAAACGAGGAACGACGAAAGAGGUUACAAAAUGCACGCAGCACAGAAUAUACCGAACUAUAUCAAACAGCGCGACGGUUAAUAUUGGAUUCUGUUGGAACGAGAACGAACGCAAGGGUCGAACGUGUUUCUCAUAACUGCGACUUCGAGGUGCAAGUGGUGGAACAGAGGUAAAAUGGCGGACAAUCAGAGAAGAAGACGGUAUCUGACCAUCAGUAUACUCCACAUCAUUACCAUCAUGUGCCAAGCCCUCUCGGAUCGACCGAUGUUUGCCGAGCCAAUACCGAACGUCACAGUGCCAUUGGGGAGAGACGUCAGUUUACCAUGCGUCGUGGAAAAUCUCGGUAAUUAUAAGGUGGCGUGGAUCCACGUGGGUCGUCAGAUGUUGUUGACCAUCCACAAGCACGUGGUCGUGAAGAUACCGAGGUUCUCGGUGUCGCACGACAAUCAGAAGACCUGGCUGCUCCACAUCAACAACGUGCAACAAGACGACCGGGGCUAUUAUAUGUGCCAAUUAAACACGAACCCGAUGAUGAGCCAGGUCGGCUUCCUUCAAGUCGUCGUGCCGCCCAACAUUUUGGACUCGUUGUCCACCGAGAGCACGGUGGCGGUUCGUGAAAAUCAGAAUAUCACGCUCACGUGCAAGGCGGACGGGUAUCCAACACCGAAACUGAUGUGGAAGAGGGAAGACGGCCAGAACAUAAACAUCAAUCGACAUAACAAAGUGUCCAUAUACGAUGGCGAGCAAUUAAACUUGACGAGGAUCACGCGCAAUGAAAUGGGCGCGUAUCUCUGCAUCGCGACCAAUGGAGUCCCGCCAACAGUCAGCAAGAGGAUCACCGUGGACGUCGAAUUUUCGCCGAUGAUCUUCGUGCCGAAUCAGCUGGUCGGUGCACCAGCUGGCACGAACGUAACGAUCGAUUGUCACACGGAGGCUUAUCCACGGGCGAUGAGCUACUGGUUCCUCGGCGAGGAGAUGAUACUGUCCAACGAGAAGUACACGACGAGCAUCAUGGAGAACAGUUACAGGGCGUACAUGAGGCUGACCAUAAGGAACUUGCAGGCUGGUGAUUUCGGCAAUUAUCGUUGCAUCAGCAAGAACUCGCUGGGCGAGACAGAGGGCUCGAUCAGGUUAUACGAAAUUCCGAAACCAUCGGCUGCGCCGAAAGCCACGGAGAUCAAGAGCAGCGCCAACAAAGAAGGACGACCGAGCACGCCGUCACCAGCAAAAAGGCCGACCACCGUGUGGCCAUCCUCGUACAACCCGUACUAUACGAAAAGGACAGAGAGGCCGCCUCCCCCGAGCGAGGAGAGGGUCGAGAGGCCAGAGCAGAAGCUACGUGGCGGGCAGAGCACAGGAAGCGCGUACAUCAUAAGGUGGAGCGCCCCUCAGUUGAUGGUGGUUGCGGUGCAGUACAUCCUCACGGGGCCCUACAUGCCCCCGUACGUGCCCCAGACGGCGAAUUAGAAUGGGAUGGAGCCGAGGAAAGAGCCGAUCGGCCGAUGUUCGUCCACUUCCACGCU